CGAAGAGGAUGAUAUCACCACCGGACACACCAGAACAAAUAUGGCGGACAAGUGACGUCUCAGCGCCUGCAACAGACACUGCAUCAGGCAGUUCGCGCACCAUGUCUCACCUGCCGCUCAAAAAACGUGGGUUGGCGCGGUGCAGCGGUGGGGGCGACGUCGACUCCGACGACAGUAAAAGCAACUCCCCUAACUGUGGGGACGCAUCCAUGGAUGUGACCGCAAACUCCCCGCCUGACACUCCUCCUUCCGUGUACUCCUCUUACUCCAGCUACCCCUCUUCUAUAUCGCAUAUGGCUUCUGCCCUCGAAGAUUCCUCCAUGUCUUCGUCUCAAGACGUUCCCUCGUCUCCGGCACCAUCGACGUCCACGACCUACGACGUGCAGCACUUUGAACCCUUCAGUCCUGAGAACAUUUUCAGUCCUGAGAAUAGCAGCAGCCAGGCCUCGACUAGCAGCUUGGCGUCAGGCUCCAAGCCAAAGAAGAAGAAGAAAUCUUUCGUGUACUUCAUCAACCGGAAGCCAAUAGAAAAUUUUGGCAAAAAAAUACCAGACAGAAACCAAAUGGAAAGACACUCACCCUCCAUGUCCAACACGGGGCCCACAACCUUCCACAACCUUGCGGAAACCCUCGAUUUACCCUCUAUGCCGACAGGAGUAUCAGCCUCUCUUCCGCCACCAGUGUCUCCUAACUUCUACCCUCCCGCGUCUUCGUUUGGCCGUCAUUACGACAGCCAAACCUUCCACGAGAACCGCCUUCCACCCUCAGCCUUCUUGCAGUAUCCUCAUCGCCAGCAGUUCCCGAUGGCGGGUCACUUCAGUGGAGGAAUGGGCGUCUUCCCGGGCAUGCUUCCUCCUCUGGAUCGAGAUGAUGCAUCUACACCUUCGACGUCUGGCGGAGUCCGCAAGAAGAAGCCCCAGCAGUGCCGCCUUUGCGCCAACCACGACAUAUACGAACGGGUAAAGGGCCACAAAUACCACUGUAAAUUUCGCGACUGCGAUUGCGCAGGGUGUGUGGUGACACGUAAUAAACAGGUUGCCGUGCGAGAUCAUGCCAAAAUGACAAGAGCACAAGAAAACAUGAAACAGGAACAACAACUGUAUUCUAACUCACCCCAACCCUACGGGGUUGUUGACCCCCGGAAGCACCUAGCCACGGCUGAGAUGGUUAGAGAUCUCGAGCUUCAAGAUCCUAAUUACAACCCACAGGAUUACGACGAAGACGACGAGGAUUAAUUAUUUUAUCAAUUCGGCGUUA